AUGUCAUCAGUCGCGAACUUAUUCAUCGACAAGAAGCAACGACCAUCGAAGGACCAAGGCAUCAUGGAUAUAGGUCGCAAUUGCUCGUACUGCAACCAGUUGGACUUUUUGCCCUUCACGUGCGAGUUUUGCAAAAAGACCUUUUGUUCGCAGCAUCGGACUUUGGAACAGCACAAGUGUCCUCACAAGGACAAAUUCUUUAUCCCACCAAGUUCAAAAACAGGCACAUCCAUACCGCAGCUGUCGUCUACUGUUUCAGCAAAGUCCUUGUUCCCCGAUAGAGAUGCCGAUCGGAGAUUAAUUGACCUGAAGUUGAAACAAGCCCAACCCACCACGAUCAAGGAAACGCAAUUCAGAGUCGGUGACGUUGCAGGUUCGAAUGCAUUCCAAAAGUUUCAGAAGUUCUUGAGCAUUCAAAAGAGCAAGAAAUCCAGUGGUGGUGGCAACAACUCCUUUUCGCUGAUUUUCAAGAAACCAAAGCCGGCGAGUCCAUUUGCCGACUUGGCCAAGCUAAAGAAGGAAGCUAAAGGUGACGCAAAGAUAGCUGCCGCAGAUAGAAUUUACGUUUGGUGUAUUUAUAUGGAAGAUCCCGGUGCAACCAAUGUGGAAAACGAUAAGAGGGCGGUGUUUGUUUCCAAGAACUGGGUCGUUGGUCGCUCGCUAGAUUCAAUUGCUGAAACUUUACGGAUAAGCAACAUCAACAACGCCACGACAAAAGUGGAGGAGAAAUUGCACAUAUUCAAGGACGAUGACGACCAACCGACGAUAAUUCAAAAUUCCCAAAAGUCAAGCGCGUUGAAGAAUGGGGAAGUAAUCUAUUUAGUUCGCGGUGUCAUAUGA